AUGCCGCCAACCGGAGAUAAAAGAUUCAGCGGGACAGCGAGCAACCCAAAGUUCCAUAAAACAAAGAAGAAUCAACAGAAAGUUGUCUUAGACGAUAGAUUCAAAGAUUUAUUCGACUUUCAAUCUACUUCCAAGGUCGAUAAGUUUGGUCGUAAAGUUAAGCCUAAGGAUGGCGCACACGAGCUUAAGCAGUUUUAUAAUAUCAAUAAAGAUGAUGAGAAGGCUGCUAAGAAGGAAAGGCAGCAGCGUGACCAACUGAACGAACUUGAGCAACCACAACAACCCAAAUCUGCCAUGGAUUAUGCACGCGGUGAAGCUAUCAUGGAAGACUCUGACUCUGAUUCCUCCUCAGACUCUGAUUCAGUUUCUGAUUCUGCCUCUUCAGACUCCAGCGCUGACGACGAGGUCGAGCUCCAGCCUGAAAACUACGAAAACCAACUCGUAGGUUCUGAUGACGAGGACGAAGACAGCGACGACGAUGAUAAUGAUGACGACGAAAUCCCCCAAUCCUUGAAUGACGACGAGAUCAAAGAUGAAAUGCGUCGUUUAGACGCUCAGGCUAAAGCCUAUAAUGAAAACGCAGAGGACGGAGACGAUGACGAUACCAUCGACUUCACUUCUCGUCUAGCAGUCACCAAUCUCGACUGGGACCACCUCUCCGCACAGGACAUCUACGUCGCCCUUGAUUCCAUUCUCCAAGGCACAGAGCACAAGAAGGCGCUGAAAAAUGUUAGUGUGUACAUGUCGCAAUUUGGCAAGAACCGUAUAGAGCACGAGGAGCAAUCCGGACCCACUCUGAUAGGUGCCAACAAGACGAAGAAAGGUAAAGAACGUCAACUCGACCCUGAAUCAGCACUGAGGGAGUAUCAAUUGGGCAGAUUGCGCUACUACUACGCUAUCGUCACACUCUCGUCUAGCAAGGCUGCCCACAAGCUGUUCAGUGAAGCUCACAACACGGAGAUCGAACGCACUGCAAAUAUUCUCCAGUUCCAGGUCGUGCCUGAUGGCGUGGCGUUUGAGGAAGAUGAUAUACGCGAUCAGGCUAACACCUCAAGUGAGUCUUAUAGAGGCGUCGAUUUCCAGACACCCGCUUUGCGCCACUCCAAGGUCAAGCUGACUUGGGAUGAGGAUGACGACAAGAGGGUGGCUCUCACGCGCAAGCGUAUGAACAAGGAAGAUAUCGAGCAGAAUGACUUUAAGGCUUAUCUCGCCUCUGAGAGUGAGGACGAGAGCGAAAACGAGCAGGAAAACCAGAGAAGAGCGGCUUUGCUGAGAGCUGCUCUUAGUGGAGAACAAGGUGACGCUCGUGAACUCAGGGGUGGCAAAAAGGAUAGAGAAGGAGAGAUGGAAGUUACGUUUGCGCCUGGGUUGAGCGAGAAGAACACUAAGAAGGGUAAGGAUAGUGAUGGUGAUGAGAACAUGACAACGCUAGAGAGAUACAAGAAGAAGGAGAAGGCAAAGAAGGAUGCUAAGAAAGACAAGAGAAAGAACCAGAUGCAAGACGACGAUAGCGAGCAUCAAGAGCAAAUGGAGCAGCAAGAGAAACCUAGCGACCAGGCUGGCUUUGACGACGACUUCUUCCAGUCUGGCAGUGAGGAUGAGGCUGCCUUCGACAACAGAGCUGCUGAGGAUGACCGUGCAGCCAUCGCAAAGCCAUACAAGAAAGAUGAAAGGAAGAGCAAGAUAGAGGAUAAAGAGGAUGCACAGGAUAGCGGCAGAGUGGAGUCAACAGCUGACGAACUCAAGCUACUCACGAAUGAGAAAGACGAUGCCAAACACUUUGACAUGGACGAUAUCAUCAAGAGUGAAAAGAAGCAAGGCAGAAAGCGCAAACACAACAAGAAAUCGAAAGGUAACGAUGACGGUGAUGCUGAAGAUAACUUUGAAAUCAACGUCGAUGAUGAUAGAUUCAAGAACGUCUUGGAGGAUCACCAGUAUGCAAUUGAUCCAACACUGCCAAACUUCAAGCCGACAAAGAGCAUGAAAAAGUUGUUAGCGGAGAGAUCGAGAAGAUCGCAGAGAGAUGGAGACGAUGUUGCUGCCAACAACGCACCAUCGAUCGAUUCGCUGAUACAAAGCAAAAACCCAUGGGAGGAUGAUGAUAAUGAUAUACAGACAUCCAAGGCAGAACAGACAUACAUAGCCGAGUCAUUCACUGAGAAAGAGAAUGAGUCAGCCAUAGAUACAUUCAAACAAGGUAGUUUGCAGUUAGAUAAGAAAUAUUACAAGAUUUUUGCCGCUCAACAACGCUUAGAAGAUGCAGACGCACUCGCAGAAAGACAAAAAAAGAAGAUUAAGAUUGAUAAUAAUAAGCGUACAAGAACGACCGUCAAGGAGCAUUCUAUGGAUCUCUACAACUUAUCUCUCAGCUUGCCUUUACCUAAUUUACCCAAUCAAGAUUACUUAUUUGAAUUUGAUAAUUCUACGGAUUCUUAUGAUAAGCUUUCUAGCUCCAUCACUCAAUCUCAGUCUUGCGUUCUAAACCACCAUCAACAAUCGAAUCUGUCUAUCUGGCACUUAUCUGGCUCUUUCCAAAAUGUUCUCAACGCCAGAGGACAACUCAUCAGGGACUUGCCCCUCAAGUCUUUUUUGCAACUCAAAAUUCCAAAAUCUGACUUGCUCGUACACGACCUUAAUCCCAGCCAUCCCUUAGACUGUCUAUCCACCGCCCUCAAGGACAAGAUUAUCUCCCUCAAUUCCCUCACUGGUGUAAACUUUGCUUUGAAAGAACUUCCCCCUUCAAAUUUCCAGCAUGGUCUUCAAUUGCAGCGUAUGGUCCAGUUCACUAUUGUUGGUGGCCAAGAGGCCAUUGAGCAUGCAAAGAUUGCUGUUCUAGUUACCAUGGAUCAAUCGAACGGCUUACACGCUGAUAAGGUUGAUAUCGACUUUAAAUUACACCCAAUUAUCGCCUCAAAGAAACGCUCUGUCAUUAGAACCAUUGAAGAGGAGACUGAAACAAACAUCUACCUUCCUCCUCCUCUAGCAGGCGUACUCGGUAAUGCCUCACCAAGAGCUGCUAGCUUACCUGAUCAGAGGAACUUUAUCCACAUUACUGGUGAUUUCUUCGGUGUACAAAGAGCUAAGGAUAUGCUUGUACAAGUCGCCGUACAGAAAGUCAACUCAAAGUCUGUUUUGAGUCGCGACGCUGCUCUUUUACCUAGAAAAUUGGAUGCUUUGGUCCUCGAAAAAGCUGAUGAGCUGCGCACUAUCAUGGCUGAUAACGGUACUUUCAUCAAAUUCCCCGUCAUUGGCUCACAAGCCUCCAUCAUUCAAAUCUUUGGCGAUAACAGAGUUUCGAUUGAAAGGACCAUAAGGUCGGUCAUGCAACUAGCCUGCUUUUAUUACGUUGCGAGUGUCUGGUUAUUACCAGUUACAUUUGACGUAUUGAUUCCUCCUCCUUCUAUCAACCCUUCAACUGUCCCACCAGGCGAUCUCGAGAAAUUAGCUUUAGAAUCGGGUGCUGAGAUCGUACUCAAGUCUAAUUGCUUUGAGGCUCACGGCUCCGAUGCCUCUGUUAGAGACGCUAUCGCGAGAGUUUUGGAUUUGGAUAUUGUUCAAGGCUUUCACCACGAAAUUAGGUUCCAGGUUGAAUUGGCCAAUGAACACCGUGAUUUCAUUUCAGGCAAAAAGAAUGGAAAGAUCAAUAAGAUCAUGAAAUCUGCAAACGUUAGAAUAAAGUAUGAGACUUUAUCUGAAUACAAUUUCUUGAUUGAUGUCGCCGGCUCAGACCUUGGUGCUUUGAGUGGCUUGUCUAUGCUUCAAGAGGAGUUACCUGCAGAGAUGUCUUUCCACGUUCCUGAAGUGUACCACAAGCGUAUCAUUGGUGUUGGGGGUAAAAACAUCCAGCGUAUCAUGAAGAAAUUUGGCGUGUACGUCAAGUUUUCAAACGCUGAUGAGUUCGCCGCAUUAGGCGGGUAUUGCGAUAAUGAAGACAAUGUCAUUUCAAGAACGCCUGCGAAGAAUGCCAUGAAUUUGGAAAAUCUUAAACAAUCAGUAAUGGAAUUAGUCAAUCCUAAAGAUAAAGAUUAUACGAAUGAAAGUAUUAUGAUACCUAGGAAAUAUCAUCGCACUUUGCUUGGAGAAAAGUCCAUUUUUCUGCACGACAUCGAAUCUAAAACUGGAUGUAUUGUCAGAUUUCCUGACAAGGAGUUGGCAACUGACUCGGUUGCAAUUUUUGGUCCUGAGCAUCAAGUGAACAUUGCAAAGACGAUGGUUUUAGAUCACGUACCAUUCGAAGCUGAAUACUUGGCUCCUCGCUCUAGCCAAAUCAAGACUGCUGUCAACGAUAAUAGAUUUGCUGAGCUAUUAAACACCAUUCGUAGUGAUUUACACGUGUCGAUCUCUGCACCAGCUCAGCUGUCUAAGCCAAGUGAUAAUGUCCAGAACAGCUCUCCUCAAUCAGAUUCCAGCAGCGCGUCCGAGGAUGAUGAAGACUUGGCCUUCAAGGUUCGUUGUCAACGCUCUAACAUUGAUAUGUUGGGUGCAGCAAAAGAUGCUCUCGAAGAUUACUUGAAAAGCCGUGGUGUACCUCUCCACGCCAGACCAACUAUCCCGACACAGCAGCCAAUGCGUGCGGAUGUUCUUGCCGGCGCUUUCCCGUUAUUUAACUCAAAGAUUAUUCCUGCAACAGAAAGUCCCACGAAUGAAACCUUCGAUGGCUUCCAAGAUGCAAGUGCCCAGUUUACAAGACCAGGUGAAUCUCGUCACAAUACUUUGAGUAGCAACAGUAUUGGAAGUGGAUCUUCCGCUGCUGCGUUAAUGGGUCAAAAGCCAAACUUCUCUGGAUCGUCUACACUUGGUGGUACCAAAACAGGUGCUGUUGGAUCGGGCAGAAGAUUGCGUGCAGCUGUAUCAACACCUAACGUCAAAGCACUGUUUGGUAACGAUGGUAGCGGUGGUUAUCCAGGAUCGACUGUGUCAUCCCCUGAUUCAAAUACUGCAAUGUCAUCGCCUUAUGGUGGAAUCGGUGAGGAGGCCAUUAACUCGGCUUCUUCCCAAGCACAGCUUCAGCAAACUCAAGCUGCUGCUGCUUACUAUGCCGCUGCUAGUCAACAAGCUCAAGAGCAACAGUAUACUCAAAACGUAUGGGGCCCGCCAACGCCACCAACUCACUAUGGUAGACCUACUAUACCACCUGCUGCCGACGCCACCAAGUCUUAUGCCCAAACUACUGAAGACACGGCGGCCAAGAGAGGAACAGAUUCGAUAAUGGAGGCCAAGAUGAAGCCACAGCAGCCACAACGUACGUUAGCUUCACAAAGAGCUCAGAGUCUUGACCUUGGUGCAUUGGUUGGAAAGACUCCAAAUGCGACUGGCAGCAACGGUCAGAACCAAGGUUAUGCUGGUGUAGUUGGAGAUCCAUCUGCAGGCACCGGUAAUUAUGCUUCAAGUACCAACCCUUCGAGCAGGCCAUCACCGAGGGAGUUCAACAAACCACAGCGCCCGAGCCAUUUGGGACAUCAAUCCCACUAUUCUAUCGGAGGACCAGUGGGUGGAGUAAUGCAACAAGAUCCUAAAUUUUUCGGAUCAUCUGCAUCUUUGGGUGGACACGCACACACUAGAUCGUUACCGCAAGUGACACCACCUGAAUUGGAUACGCAAAUGAAUCAGCAACAGUUCUUUUCACCAAUCUCACCACCACUUUCUAACAAUAGUCAAGCGAUUGGGAGCUCAGGCUCAAUAUAUGCGCAGCAAAGUCAACCAAAUCAUCCAACAGGAUUAAGACACGCUAGAUCAUUAUCUACCAAUCCACGUAAUAAAUUACAGAAUAUCCCAAAUCCUAUCUCAAUACCUCCAACUAAUAAUGCGGACAUUCAACAAUACUCGAAUAUAAGUAAUCCAAAUUCAGCAACCUCUGCAACGUUCUCUCAACAACAGAUUCCAAGCAGGAUAGAGACGCCAUCAGGUAACUUUGAUGGUUUGUCGACUGAUCAAGCUAAUGAGAUAUCGAGAGUGCUGGCACAACUACCUGCUCCUACACCAGCUAGUUUCAAAAUUGAAGAAGAUCAACGUGAUAAGGUUCAGUUCCAUAUUAAUCUGCGCAGAUGUGAGACCCAAUGCAAGCCCUACGAAUGGAUUGGGUGGGAUGUCUCUGUUCCUCUGCCAUCGGCGGAAGGUGAAUCUAAUGAUGAGAACAAGGACAUUGAAUUUAUUACGGUUGAGAAGGUUGUUGAUAUUCUUUGCGAUACCAAGACCAGAGGCGUAGACUUGGAAACUGGUCUCAAAGAGAUGAAUCUGAAUGUACUACUUAACAAACUUGAAGAAGAAGGAAAAGAUUUAGCCCCUGCCGAGUUCAUUGAUAGCUUGGCUCAGAAAGGUGAAAUUGUAACAUGUAAACUGCCUAACAACAAAGCUAUAAAGAGACGUCAGAAGAAGAAAGCUCGAGCACAAAUGCGCAAAGUUAAUCCAAUUAAAAAUUAUGACGACAUCUACAUCAAACCAUACAUUGAAAUAACUGUGGAUGACGGUGUCCAUGUUAUGAGAAACACACUAUGUCUUACUAACACGCUGUCAUCUCUCCACGCUAAUGGCGUUUCAUUUAAUCACAAAGGCUUUGAAAAGCCAUAUACAGAGCGUUUACAUACGCUGAGAGACUCAUCAAUGGGAAACUUGGCAUGGACGGGUAUAUCAAACCACAAAAUUGAUUCUUAG